CCAGAAUGAAGCUUCAGGACCUGAUCAGGGAAAAGAACAACAUUUGGAUAUUUGGAUAUGGCUCCUUAGUGUGGAAACCGGGGUUUGAUUAUAAAAGAAGCAAAGUUGGUCACAUUAAAGGAUACAAGAGAAGGUUCUGGCAUGGAGAUGAUUUCCAUCGAGGGGACAAGGAAAAGCCAGGCAGAGUUGUCACACUUGUAGCAGAUCAGGAGGCGUGCACGUGGGGUGUUGCCUACGAAGUGCCGGAGUCACAGGUCGAUCAGUCCCUUCAGUAUUUGAACAGGAGAGAGGUUUUGCUGGGAGGUUAUACCACAGAGAUGGUGGAGUUCAUCCCCAAAGAGAAGAGCCAGGAGCCCCUGCUGGCUCUGGUCUACAUUGCUACCUCUGACAACCCCAUCUAUCUCGGCCCGGCGUCAGAUAAGGAGAUCGCUGCCCAGAUCUCCAUCUGCAGCGGCAGCACGGGCCACAACACUGAAUACCUGCUCCGGCUCGCAGAGUUUAUGAGGCUCUACUGUCCUGAGGUGGAGGAUGAGCACCUUUUUUCCAUUGAGGCAGCUGUAAUAAAGAUUUUCCACAACUGUGGGGGGAUCAAACUCCAAGACCAAAAAUCCAUGGGAGCUUUCUAA